AUGUCUAAUCCGGUUGUUAUCAUUGGAACUGGUCUAGCAGGUCUAGCUACUGCUAACCAAUUAGUUAAAACACAUAAUGUUCCAAUUAUUCUAAUUGAUAAAGCUGCCUCUAUUGGUGGUAACUCUAUCAAGGCAUCCAGUGGUAUCAAUGGUGCCCAUACUACUAUUCAAGAGCAACAACAAAUUACUGACUCUCCAGAAUUAUUUCUAAAGGAUACUGUUAAAUCUGCUAAAGGUAAAGGUUCCGAACCAUUAAUGGAGAAACUAUCAAAGGACUCACAUUUGGCCAUUGAAUGGUUACAAGGAGAAUUUGACUUGAAAUUGGAUCUAUUAGCCCAACUUGGUGGUCACUCUGUCCCAAGAACCCACAGAUCUUCUGGUAAGCUUCCACCAGGGUUUGAAAUUGUGUCUACUUUAUCUAAAUAUUUAAAGAAUUUAGCUGAAACUAAGCCUGAAUUGGUCAAGAUUCAGUUGGACAGCAAAGUUACAGAUAUCACUAUCAAUGAUGAAAGAGAAGUCACUGGUGUUCAAUACGAGGAUAACGAAGGUAACAAGCAUACCAUCGAUACCUCAUAUGUCGUCUUUUGUUCAGGUGGGUUCGGUUUCUCCAAGGACAUGUUAAAGAGAUAUGCCCCUGAUUUAAUCAAUUUACCAACCACCAAUGGUUCUCAAACUACAGGUGAUGGUCAAAACAUCCUAGAAAAGUUGGGUGCUGAUAUGAUUGAUAUGAACCAAAUUCAAGUUCAUCCAACCGGUCUAAUUGAUCCAACUGAUCGUACUGCUGGCUGGAAAUUUUUGGGUGCCGAGGCUUUAAGAGGGUUAGGUGGUAUCUUAUUAAACCCAUCUACCGGUAAGAGAUUUGUUAAUGAAUUGACUACAAGAGAUAUUGUUACAGCUGCCAUUCAAUCUCAAUGCCCGAAGGAUGACAAUAGAGCUUACUUGGUGAUGGGCCAAGGUAUUUAUGAAGUAUUAAAGAACAAUUUAGAUUUCUAUAUGUUUAAGAAGUUGAUCAAGAAGGUCACUUUGGAAGAUGCUGUAAAGGAGUAUAAGCUUCCAAUUACCGCAGAAGAAUUUGCCAAGGAUUUAACAACUUACUCCACUUCCAAGGAGGAUGUAUUCGAUCGUCCAUUGGUUACGAAAAACUUUGGUGAUUCUAUCGAAACUUCUACAGAGAUCUUUAUUGGUGAAGUUACACCAGUUGUUCAUUUCACAAUGGGUGGUGCCAAAAUUAAUACUUAUUCUGAAGUUGUAACCAAGGAAGGUAAACCUCUAGCUAAGGGUCUAUACGCUGCUGGUGAAGUUUCCGGUGGUGUCCAUGGUGCUAACAGACUUGGUGGUUCUUCCUUAUUGGAAUGUGUUGUCUUUGGUAGAACAGCUGGUAAUAGUAUUGCUAAAGUGAUUAAGAAUUAG